UUUGCAACCCUGGGCUUCCUCCAAAUGAGAAGCGGGGCUGAAGGAGAAACUUUAUUCUUCUAUCCAGUAGUUCUGUAACCACUGACGGCCAUACCCCAUAUGUGGAAAGAGGGUGCUUUACCCAGAGUCCCAGCUACCACUAGGGCAAGCCACAAAACCCCAACUUAGGGACUGUCUCCCAGCUCUGGCCAUGUGCAGUUUUGUGGCUGUGUAUCCACAGGGAAAGGAACAGCCUUUUGGGGGCUAUUUGGCCAGGAGGAUGCAAAUUCCCCCAUGAGUUAUGAAGACCAAAUCCGCACAACUGGGAGACAGCCAUGUCUACAGGGAAAUAUUGAAGCCAUUUUCUUAGGCCGGACAGGAGUGAGCACUUUGACUCUCUCCUCAGGCUGAAGGACAAAAGGGCUUGGAGACAGGCACUGCAGGAUGACGUCCAGGACCAGAGUUUUGAUUCCUAUCUGCUGUGGAUCUUGGAGAGAGGUAGGGCUCUCUCUGCAACAGCACAGGGCAAGCACAGAGCAGGGGUCUGUGACAGGGCACGAGGACCAUCCUGUCCUGUCAGAGCCGGAUGGAGACUUCCAGCCAGCUCCUUGCCCCAGCCCCCAGUGAGCCGUUUCAGUCACUGAGCCAGAGAGGGGUACUACUUGGGACUUACAGUUUGUAUUGCUUUUCACACAUCAUUUUAAAUCCUCAGUCCCCCGGCCUGUUAGGUAUUAUGCCCUUUAAUCUGGAGAAAAUGAGGUCCCAUAAGGUUGGGUAGUCUGUUCAGGGACCCCUGUGAGUGUAUGGAUGUGACUUUGAAACAGGCCUCCCUGAUUCAGGGCUCCACUCUUGACCAAGUCCUGGUUGUCCCUCACCCCUGGCUCUGAUGACCCAGGGACUAUAGGACAGAGUGAGUUGGAAGGAAGCGAAGGGGGAGGUUGUCUGUGUGGGAGCGUUAAGGGCUGGUAGGAGCGGGGAGUUAGUGAUCUCCAUCUGUGCCCGGAGGCCAGGCUGGUGUGGCUUAGUGGCUUAGGGAUCACUCUGUGGUGUGUGUACAGCUUGGGUACACCACUCUGUGGUGUGUAUACAGCUUGGGUACUCCUGCUGGGGACCUUCACUCUCAAGUGCACGUAACGCUAUACAUACUCUUGCCGUCUGGCGUGUCUCUGGGAUCCUUUUUGCUCCCAUUUGCAACCUGAAAGCAGACCCUGGAGCCUGGCCUCCCUACCCUUUUUCGUUUGGGCCCAGGCCUUAGGCACUCGGAUGCAGACCAGAUCUUUGUCCUUUCCUUCGCUAGGUUGGAGGAAAUGCAAUGCUCUAGAACUCAGCUUAGCAGAAGUUGCUGGAGGCAUGGUUCCUUGCUUACCUGCUAGCCUAAAGGACAUGUAGCAGAUCACGGUCACUACACGUAGACAGCAGUCACCAAAAGAAGGGGUGCAGAGCCAGGCUGGCAGUUAGUGGGGACCCAGGGCCAAGGGAGGUCAUCUUGGAGAUGAGUGACACUCACGGUAGAGGAGGAGCUGGUAUGCGGCAGUUAGGUUGGACCCAUGGGGUCAGACCAGAUCCUGGUUGGGUCAGAAUGGGGAUCUCCAGCUGAGGUGGGUAGACCAUCAGGCUUUGGCCUACAAGGUGCAUACAGAAGCAGGUAAAGGUGGAGAUAAAGACGCAGGUAAAGGUAAAUGGCUUCAUUUCUCCUAGUAAACAUGGAGAGAAUCUGAUCUAAAGCAUCUGAGGAGACAAGCCAGUAGUCAGGUGACAUGCCAGGCACCAGGUCUCCUCUCAAGAGGGCUGACUUCUGCAGCAGAGAGUGAGAAUCAGGCUCAGAGGACGAGUGAUUCCCAGUGGUACCUGGGGAGGACUUCAGUGAAGAUUGCCUGGCAAGGGAGAAGGAAACUCGUGGGGACAAGUCCAGGCCUGGACCUUAUUGUGCCCUUCCUCCCCUGCAGGGUGAGUGUGCUCCAGAGAGACACAGUCCUUAAGGUCACAUGUCUGCUCUGUAUUGAUAGUCAAGGAGCCGGCACAGCUCUGUCGAAGAUGCACUGGACACCAGAACACGCCCAGCCCCUCAACCAGUGGCCAGAGCAGCACCUGGACGUCUCCUCCACUACCCCAUCGCCGGCCCACAAGUUGGAGAUGCCUCCAGGGGGUCGCCAGCGCUGCCACUACGCUUGGGCACACGACGACAUCUCCGCCCUCACUGCCUCCAACCUCCUCAAGCGCUACGCUGAGAAGUACUCCGGAGUCCUGGACUCGCCCUACGAGCGCCCGGGCCUAGGCAGCUACGGUGACGCCGCCUUCCUCAACGGCGCCAAAGGGGACCCGGAGCCCUGGCCGGGGCCGGAGCCACCUUACCCCUUGGCCUCGCUCCACGAAGGCCUCCCGGGAGCCAAGCCGGCCGGCGGGGGUGGGUCCGCAGGCCUCGGGGGCUCCCCGGUAGUAGCCGGGAACCUGGCUGAGCCGCUGUACACGGGCAACGCGUGCGGGGGCCCAUCGGCGGCCACCGAGUACGCGACGGGCUACGGGGGCGGGUACCUGGCGCCCGGCUACUGCGCGCAGACGAGCGCCGCGCUGGCCGCGCCGCCCCCGGCCGCGCUCCUGCAGCCAGCCCCGCCGCCGGGCUACGGGCCCUCGGCGCCGCUCUACAACUACCCGGCGGCCGGCUACGCCGCGCAGCCCGGCUACGGUGCGCUCCCGCCGCCCGCCGCGCCCCCCGCGCCCUACCUGCCGUCGGGCCUGGCGGCACCCACGCCCCUGCCGGCCCCGGCCCCGCCCCGGCCCGCGCCCUACGGCUUCCCCGCCGCCGCCGCCGCCGCCGAGGGCGUGUCGCUCAAGCGCAAGGCGGUGGACGAGGGCGCGGAGGCCCGCUACCGCAAGUACGCUUACGAGCCCGCCAAGGCCCCCGCGGCCGACGGUGCCGCCUACCCCGCCGCGGACGACGCCGAGUGUCGGGGCAACGGGUUCCGCGCGAAGCCCCCCGGAGCUCCGGAGGAGGGGACGGGCAAGUACGGCGGCGGCGGCCCUCUCAAGGUCCUGGGCUCCCCCGCCUACGGCCCUCCUCUCGAGCCCUUCGACAAGUUCCCCGAGCGGGCCCCGGCCACCCGCGGAGGAUUCACGGCGCCGUCGGGGGAGCCUCCCAAAGGUGUGGACCCGGGGACCCUGGAGCUGGUGACCAGCAAGAUGGUGGACUGCGGGCCCCCGGUGCAGUGGGCAGACGUGGCGGGCCAGGGCGCGCUCAAGGCGGCGCUGGAGGAGGAGCUGCUGUGGCCCCUGCUCAGGCCGCCCGCCUGUCCCGGCAGCGCGCGCCCGCCGCGGACCGUGCUGCUCUUCGGGCCCCGCGGCUCCGGCAAAGCGCUGCUGGGCCGCUGCCUCGCCACCCAGCUGGGCGCCACGCUGCUGCGCCUGCGCGGGGCCGGCCUGGCCGCCUCCGGCGCCGUCGAGGGCGCGCGCCUCCUGCAGGCGGCCUUUGCGGCCGCGCGCUGCCGGCCGCCGGCGGUGCUGCUCAUCAGCGAGCUGGACGCGCUGCUGCCGGCGCGGGACGACGGCGCCUCGCUGCGGGCGCCUCUGCUGGCCUGCCUGGACGGCGGCUGCGGCGCGCGCUCCGACGGCGUGCUGGUGGUGGGCACCACCUCGCGGCCGGGGGCCCUGGACGAGGCGACCCGCCGGCGUUUCGCGCUGCGCUUGUACGUGGCCCUGCCCGACGGCGCGGCGCGCGGGCAGAUCCUGCAGAGGGCGCUGGCUCAGCAGGGCUGUGCGCUGAGCGAGCGGGAGCUGGCCGCCCUGGUGCAGGGCACCCAGGGCUUCUCGGGCGGCGAGCUGGGGCAGCUGUGCCAGCAGGCAGCGGCCGAGGCGGGCCUCUCCGGACUGCAGCGGCCCCUUUCCUACAAAGACGUGGAGGCGGCUCUAGCCAAGGUGGGCCCUCGGGCCUCCCCCAAGGAGCUGGACUCGCUAGUGGAGUGGGACAAAAUGUAUGGCUCCGGACACUGAGGAUGGCAGAGGGGAGGCCACCUCCGCCUCAGGGGAUGUCCUUGGCCAAAGGAGUGAUGAAUGUGGGAUGGAAGAGGGGAGGAGGGCUCUGCCAGUGGAUUUGUUCUUUAUGGGAAGGAAAAUGCUUCUGCCCGGCAGAUCGAUGCCAUAUGCACCGUGUACUCAGGUUUCUCCUAUUUAUUGUGGACGGGAAGUUCGCCAUCUCCGCCGGGCACACCGGGCACACCCGACAUGAGCUGGCACCAGGGCCUAGGGAACUCCCGCCCUCUCUCCACAAUCCUUUUGCCUCCUUGCCCUCUGAGCAUCCUCCUUCCCCGUUCUACCUUCUCUGUAUUGACUUAGUUUCUCAAGGCAUUGUCCCUGACCCUCCCCAUACUGUCCCUGUUCCUUUCAGCUCCACCUUCCGGUCCCCACCUCAUCUGUCGCCCUCCGUGCUUCUCUGUGGAGCUGCUGUGUGUUUCCUGGACUCUGCUUUAAUCCCUCCUCACUGUUCCUCGUUCGUUCCUCGUUCACACCGCAGCGUCUCUUGACAGUUCUUUUGGCCCAGAGACUGAGAAGGGGGUGUAGUGAGCCCCACAACCCCCUCAGUACAUUUAUCCACCUGACAUCUUGGGUCUAAGGGGUGGGAACAAGGAAAGGGGGGGGAACACCCAAAGAAGGGUUUUAUUUUGUUUUUUUUUUUUUUUGGUUUGUUCAUUUUUGAGGUUUGCCCCAGAAAUGUAGGUUGCUUAAUAUUUUAGGCCUCUUAUUUUUGUAAGAUGUGUAGGAUUUGCUGUUUUUCGUUUUAUUUUGACAACUCAGGAAGAAACUGACCUCAGAAAGAAUGUUAGACUUUGCCUGCUCUCCUGUUACCCCCAGCCCCACCCCAGGGGAGCAGAUUCUCCCAGACCAGAGAGACUUGGGGCUUCUGAGGAACACCAGAGAAAAGCCCCAAACUGCUGUUCCUGGGAUAGAAACAGAAUGUAGCCAAGGGCUCCUCCCCAGGCCCAGCUCGGGAGCAAGAGGAGAGGGUGGGGACAGGGGACUCCAGAGGGCAAGUGAGCCUCGCUCCCUUAUUGCCACUGUCUCCUGUGGGCUCUGUCCUCGGCUCCAGGUUGUCUGUGAAGCUUACAAGGGGCUGGGGUGCUCUUGCCCAUAUCCUGCCUCAGAGGUGACCCAAGUGGGACGUUCUCAGGCCACCUCACUGGACACCUGCUUGGUCAGAGGCUCCCUAGACCAGGCUAAGAGGAUUCCCUCAGGAAUGAAGAUGAUCUAGCCGGAAGUCUGGCUGGGCACAAUAUUGACUACUAGGAGCCAGGCCACCUGUUCCUCUGGGACCUGUCAGGAGGCAGAGCAUUGCUCCGGAGAAAGUUCUGUGGGGAGUGUAUUUACUUGCUCCCCUGGAGUGUUGGGCCUGGAGAGUACAGGGUGUUUUCCGGUGACAGAGGGACUAGAACCCUCCUCUUCAGCCCCCAUUCCUCCUCCUGCUUGUUCCCUUCGUGGGGCUUCAGCGGUUUUAGCGCCUCAGACCAUGUCACAAUCUUUGGGGCAAAGAAGGGACGCUCCCCAUCUUUGUCCCACCCUGGCCCCCCACCCCCGCUUAUCCCUACAGUUCCUAGUCCCCUGUCAUGAGAGAUGUGGUAGGGGCCAGGGUGCUGAGGGCAGGUGCUAGCCGUGAGUGUGAACAGGAAAGUUCGGCCUCCUCUUCAUCCUUGUUCUCUCCAAGCCUCUCUCUGGAGCCAGCCAACCAAGGGCGGGACUCAGAGUGCUGCCGCAAAAAGAUCCUUGGUGGGAACACGGAGUAAAGGAGUUCUCUCAGGUCUGGGGGUGGGGGUGGGGUAGAGGGGUAGGGAAGAAGAGUUGGGGACCCAGCUGUCCCUUCAAGCAGCAGCACCUCUAGGGGGCUGGGUCGGAGUUCAUGGGCCAAUCCCCAGGGUCCCUACAUUUCCUUUGCUGGGCUCUUUGUCUUCCCAGGUUUGGAAGCUUUGCACAAGAAGACAGCCCCCAGCCUCAGCACCUACCUCAUAAGCACGGGGCAGGAUGGCAGGGCAGGUCCAGCUCUAGCAAUGUUGGGGGCAUACCAAAGAAUCCAGGGGUGGAGCGUGGGAGGGGCAGCGGGCCCUGCAGGGGAGGGCACACCGGCCGGCCGUCUACUCCCUCCGCUAAGGUUGGGGUGGGAUCCUGUCCUUCAGCUGUGACCAUUUCUACCUCAUUUUGCUGUGUGUUGUACAUGGACAUAUUUAUCUCCUGUCUGAUGAUGCUCUGCAGUUGUGGUCUGUCUACCUCAGAAGAGACUGUAUUUUAAGAGAAAAUAUUACACAGUAUUAAAGUUAUGAUGUGUGGUA